CCAUAUAUGUGUUAAUAAUUCAAAGUCGGCAUUGAACUCUUUUAGAUUAAGAUAUUUAAAUAACAUAAUAUGGUCUAAAUAAAAUAGUUGUCAAGCCCGGUACCUCGUUACUACGCGUAUCUAAAACUCUUAAGUUUAAGCAGCGAAUGUCAAAAUGGAGCCGCCUACUGGAGGGACCAGUUCUCCGGGGCUUAUUAAUACUGCACCUUUAUUGCCACCACCAAUGUUGAGUGGUAUACCUCCACCUAUACCCCCAGCAGUUGCCAUGCCACCAGUUCCUGGUAUUACGACUAACAUACCAGCCCUGCAACCACCAAUGGCGUUUCCACCCAUUAUACCACCUUUUACUAUGCCUCCUCCUGGAUUUCCAUCUUUUAAAGCAGACCUUGGCGCCCCUGCACCAGAUGUAACACCAUUGGCAAAUCAAAGCAGCCCAUGGUCUGAGCACAAGGCUCCGGAUGGGCGAACAUAUUACUAUAACUCAGUUACAAAACAGAGCUUAUGGGAGAAGCCUGACGAUUUAAAGACACCAGCAGAGAAAUUAUUAUCAUCAUGUGUAUGGAAAGAAUACACAACUGAUGCAGGAAGGGUUUAUUACCAUAAUAUAGAGACGAAGGAAUCUAGUUGGAUUAUUCCUACAGAACUGCAAGAGAUCAAGGACAAAAUAGCAGCAGAAGAAGCCGCACAAGCAGCACUAAAUGCAGAUAUACCUCCUGGGGAAGUGCCUCUGCCGAUGUCCCCGGCAACUGCGCAGCCGACUUUCGGCAGCUCCGCUCUAGACGAGGCCAUGGCAAAAACCCUUGCUGCCAUUGAUCCCACUUUGGCUAAUAGCAUACCCAUUCCAGAAGACAUUUUUUUUCAUUCAGUUAUACCUGAAGAAAUAGUGGCUCCACCACAAGUUAAUGGGACUGAAAAUACAGAGCCAGCACAAGAACUGCCAUACAAAGAUAAAAAAGAAGCAAUAGAAGCAUUUAAGGAACUAUUACGAGAUAGGAAUGUACCAUCAAAUGCAUCAUGGGAGCAAUGUGUAAAGAUAAUAUCAAAGGAUCCCCGUUAUGUCAAUUUCAAGAAAUUAAAUGAGAAAAAACAAGCUUUCAAUGCAUAUAAGACACAAAAACUUAAAGACGAGAGAGAAGAGCAGAGGUUAAAAACUAAAAAGAACAGGGAAAAUCUGGAAGAGUUUUUGCUGUCUUGUGAGCGCGUGACGUCACUGACGAAGUAUUACAAGUGCGAAGAAAUGUUCGGCAACCUAGAGAUAUGGCGCUGCGUGCCGGACGCAGACCGGAGGGACAUUUACGCAGACUGUAUCUACACGAUUGCUAAACGAGAAAAAGAAGAGGCAAAAGCACUCAAGAAAAGAAAUAUGAAGAUGUUAGCACAAGUAUUAGAAAACAUGCAUGAAAUAACAUACUGCAGUACGUGGAGCGAGGCACAAGUAUUGCUUUUAGAAAAUUCUGCGUUUAAAAAUGAUGUCAGUUUACUGGGAAUGGAUAAAGAAGAUGCUCUUAUUGUGUUUGAACAACAUAUUAGAAAUUUAGAGGCUGAAUAUUUGCAAGAAAAAGAACAGGUUAAAAAACGAAAUAAACGACAGCAGAGGAAGAAUAGGGAUAACUUUUUGGCGCUGCUCGACAAUCUCCAUGAAGAAGGAAAGCUGACCUCAAUGUCUUUGUGGGUAGAGCUCUAUCCAGUUAUAUCGGCUGAUAUUCGCUUCUCUGCAAUGCUAGGACAAAGUGGAUCAACACCCUUAGAUCUGUUUAAGUUUUACGUAGAGAACUUAAAGGCUCGUUUCCACGAUGAGAAGAAAGUUAUAAAAGAGAUACUGAAGGAGAAGGCUUUUGAAGUGAAGCCUGAUACCACGUUUGAAGAGUUCGCCACCAUCGUGUGCGAGGACAGCAAGUCCGCCUCGCUCGACGCCGGCAAUGUCAAGCUCACAUACAACUCACUGCUCGAAAAGGCCGAAACGCGUAACAAAGAGAAAAUAAAAGAAGAAUCGAAAGCGCAGAAGAAAAUCGAGAGCGCGUUCAAAUGGGCGCUGAGCGACGCCAACGUGGACCACGUGCUGCCCUGGAGCGACGUCAAGGCCACGCUCGAUCUCGCCGCGCCCGAGUUCGCCGCCGUGCCCGACGAGGAGGACCGCAUCAGGAUAUAUAAAGACUUCCAGCAUGAGCAGGAGGACAGCUGCAUGCACUAUCACCACCCCAAGGCGCGCAAGACCAAGCGCUCCAAGAAGAAGAAACGUUCGCGCUCCGGCUCACUGUCGGGCUCGGUGUCUGGUCGGUCGCAGUCGCCGGCGGGCAGCGCGGCCUCCUGGACCUCCGAUGAGCGCAAGCACAAGAAGCCCAAGAGGAAGCACCGCAAGCACUCCCCACCCGCGUCAUCACAAAAGUCACCGACUCCGGAGGAGGGUGGCAUAUCGGAGGAGGAGGUGUCGCGGCACAAGAGCAAGAAGGCGAAGCGCAGCGCGCCCAGCAGCGGCGACGAACACGAGCCCUCGCACAAGUCUAAGAAGAAGAAGGACAAAAAGGAGAAGAAAGAGAAGUAA